AUGACGAAGAAUAAUGGAGAGACUUUAACAGAAAAUGUUGCUCUUAUUAAUAAUGCUAUAGCUCACUUAUUUGAUGAAAUUCGUUAUGAAUUAAAUGGUAUCGAGAUUGAUAGAUGCAAAUAUGUCGGUCAUACUUCAACAAUAAAAAACUUGCUUUCCCUAACUCCUUCUCAACUUAUGCGUGUUGGAAAUGCAGGUGUCUUUGAAUAUUCUGCUUUGGAUUUAAAAAUGAAUAUAGAAAAUGGUUAUUUUAAUGUGACAAUUUCACUCAGUAUGAUUUUCGGUUUUGCAGAAGAUUAUAAGAAAAUUGUUGUAAAUGCUAAACAUGAACUCAUUUUGAUAAGAUCAAGAAGUGAUUUAAAUGCUGUUAUUCAAACAGGAAAUCUUGACAAUAAUGAAGAAUUUAAAAUCACAAUUAAUAAAAUUGAAUGGUUAGUACCAUAUAUUUUACCAUCUGACGGUAAUAAAAUUAAAUUAUUAAAAUUUAUUGAGAAGGAUCCAUUAAUUUCUAUGAGUUUCCGAUCGUGGGAAAUGUAUGAGUAUCCUUUAACAAGCUUAACAAGCUUGUAA